AAUCCUAGAAUGAGAAUCUCCAUUAUCUCGGCGGCUAUUACAGCAUGCUGUCUAUUUAUAAUAGGAUGCGGCAUCUUACUCUACAACAACACGCGGGUCCCACCGGAAGCGAUGGACCGGCAUGCCUACUGCGCUGACUGCAUUAACUAUGCAAGCCGUGUGGAUGACAUGAUCCGUCGUGGCAACAACGUCCGGGGAAACAAAUCGUUCUUUAAAUACGCUUCGGACGUAUCAUGUCGGGGCCAGCUGUUGAUUAGCAAGCGGUGUCUACGGUAUCGCCGGGCGUUCCUUGACAACCCGGAUAGGUUUAUGUUCGAUAUUGAAGUUCCAUCUCAGGCUUGUAUUGCUAUCAAAGCUUGCUAGGAGGUUAUGUGUUUCGCCUUUUCGUGUUUCGUCUUCUGUCGUGCUUUGGGUUGAGGCAGUGUUGGCCAAUCUGUCACUCCACUGAUACUGAGAACUGGAUCCCAAGAAGUGGGGGAAUGGUCCAAAGUCAAACUCAAGUCGUGAGGCGGGAGUUCCUAAGGAAUCACUUGAGCGAAAUCAAAGCGCGUGGCAUCACCUGAUGCCACAGUUUGGCUUAGGAACAACGUAUUUCUUGAUUACGAUCACCUUGGGUAAUCUAAGUAUCACUUGUCUGCACUGCAAUUGCAACAAAUCACCAAUGCAAAGCGACUGAAAAUACUACGAGACUUAUGUACAUAAAAUAUCGACAUAAGGCAUGUGUAUGAUUCGGGGCUAUCUAUGAAACUAGUUUGGCACUGCCACUAC